AGAGAGUGUAAGUUAAAUUUUAGGAAUAAACAAAAUUGUUUAUUUCAAUUAAAAUGUGCGCUGGAGCGUAUUGCAUCGUCUUAUUUGGGAUGCAGGCAAUUAGUGUCCGCGUGGCUGAAUGUUCUCUACGACAUAAGAGAUAAGAGAAAACGGCAGAAGGACUUGGAAAUAUCAACAGCUUUCAAGUUGUCCGGGAACAAGGAGUUUCAAUCGAAAAAGUAUGCUGCAUCACUGGAAUUGUACACGAAAAGUGCGUUGUACGCUCCCUCAAAUAGUGUAGACUUGUCAAUAGCAAUCGCAAAUAGAUCAGCCUCCCUAUUCUAUCUGGACAGGUGGCAGGAUUGCAUCAACGAUAUCAAAUUGGCGAUUAAAUUAGGCUAUCCUGAGAAUUUACGUUACAAACUACAUCUGCGUGCAGCUCAGUGUUAUCUGAAAUUAGGUAAUAGAGGAUCAGCUGUUGAAACUGUUUUGCAAAUGCAUAACAUACUGAAUCAGCGUAAUAUGCCGAACGAAAAGAAAGAGCGGUUACGGAGACAAAUGAAAGACAUAACAUCGAGAAUAUCAUGCAUGGAAGAUAAUGCGGACAAUACCACAGAUACUACGGAAUUUCCCUCACAGCCCGAAGUCGCAUAUGGCGAAAAUCCUAAUUUUCGGUCCGCAUCGGCGGCGAUAGAAGUGAAAUAUGCUCCAGAAAAGGGGAGAUACGUGGUAGCUAAUAGAGAUAUCAAAAGGGGUCAGAUUCUAUUCGUUGAAAAGGCAUUCGCUUUUGUCCCAUUGCCUCACGUUAAAACUUAUAUUUGUUACAAUUGUUGUCGCUCAUGCGGCGAUACUCCUGUACCAUGUACAGAGUGUGUCGACAGUGCGUAUUGCAAUAUUGAUUGUUGGGAUGAAGCACGCUCGUCUUGCCAUCGUUGGGAAUGUCUUGGCAAUCAAAUGGGCCUUUGGUCGCACAUUGGAAUAGCAUAUCUGGCUGUAAGAACGUUGUUCAAGUGUACAGCUGCAACUGAGGAUAACAGACUUAAUGAAGUGCAAGACCUAGUGACUAAUUUUUCGAAACUGCAACCAUGCGACGUUAUUUCGUAUGGAAUCACGGCAAUUAUGCUUACGCUGUAUCUAUCAAAACAUACAGAUUUUUUUAAAGUUGUCAAUCUUAAAAAAUGCUUAGUAUCAAAGUUCUGUAACGAUCUCAAUUGUGACCUCGCGACAAAGGGGGAUGAACGAUUGUAUGUAAGUUCUCUACUGUUGAGAAAUAUAUUACAGCUUAUUUCUAAUGGGCAUGCUAUCACAAAGAUAAACGCGAUAGCGGAUAAUAAUAAAAAUAAACUCCUUAUUCAACAACAAGAUAGAAUAGCUACAGCGAUUUAUCCCUCUGCAAGUAUGAUGAAUCAUUCUUGUGAUCCUAAUAUAAUUAAUAGCUUUUUAGGGCAAACUUUAAUAACUAAAGCCACACGGGAUAUUGCGACGGGUGAAGAAGUUUUCAAUUGUUACGGAGCUGAUUUUAGAAGAAUGUUGAAAAGGGAAAGACAGGAAAAAAUGGAAGGUCAAUACUGCUUUAAGUGCACUUGUACAGCAUGCACUCUACCAGAAUAUGAAGAUAUUUUGAAAAAAUUUUCUGCGAUGAAAUGUCCUGAAUGUAGCGGACCGUUGAGUGAUAACUGCCACUCUUCCAUGUACUGUAUAGAUUGCGGAGCGGCAGUCUAUGAAAAUAUUUAUGACUUUACAUUGAGACAGGCCCAACACCACUUUGCCAAAGCAGAAAUUUGCAUAGAGGAGGAAAAGUACGAGGAGGCGUUAAUUAAACUGAAAGAAUGUUUGCUUCUCAGAAAGGACGCAUUAUACAAGUAUCACGAGGACAUUGCCGCUACUAUGGAUCUCAUGGCAAAGGUGUACGCUAUUAUGGGACAAUGGUUGAAUUCGAUUUCGUAUCUCGAACACAGUAUCGUGGCCAUUGAAGAAAGAUACGGCUCUUGGAGCAUUGAAGUCUGCAAUGAAAUAAAUAAAUUAACGGAUAUAUGCCUGCAAUAUUUGCAAGAAGAAUCUAAUACAUCAUCCAAAUUUUACAAAAACGUGUUGAAGAAAACACGACGAUAUUUAAAUCGUGCUCAAGAAAUUAUAGAUCUUACGUACGGUCCAUGGAACGAGGUUUACCGUGAAAUUGCCGUAAAAAAGGAGAUUCUUUCCUCUAUUUUAAAAAAUUUCAACGUCUGA